AUGAAUGCGUUUGCGCUUUGCAAAUGGUCAAAGGGCAAAACGACGAGUGGACGUCACUCAAGUGACCCCUCGAAACGCUCUUUCACGCGGGAAAUUUGAGAAAGGCCCGCGUGGUCUUUUUUUUUUACUUGCGAAGUUCCUGUUUCAUUUCUGGAAACCCUACUGUCCCCAACUGGUUUGCUCUUUUUAGUUAGUAUACCAAAAAAACUGGUUUAUAAUGUGCCUUUUUUUGUUUUGUUUUGUUAAGUUAAUGCUUUCUGUGUGAAGUUUUUAUGAUGUAUUUCUAGUUUGACUUGUAAUUUUUUUCAAAAAAAGAGGUUCAAAAAGUAAGAGCAUUUUUUUCAAAAAAAUCAGCGUUAUUUUUUUGAAUUUUAAGUUGACCUUCUUUAAGGAAUAAUUGUGUUUCGGAACCAUUUUUCUUUUCGAGAAACCAUUUUUCAUAUAUCUUGUAAUUAAAGCUGUAGAAGUUGAAUUAGAGAAGCGAAUUUGUUGUAAAAUGUUUUUAACUCAGUUUUUGAAAAAAAUUUUUUUGAAAAAAAUAUUUAAUUGUCCUCUUUGGCGUUAUUUUUUUGACUAUUUUUUUUUUUAAUAUUUCAUUUCAGUUAUGGCUCAAGCCACUCACAGCCGUGAACUCGACACUAACAUUGAACAUGCUUCAGGUAAUUUCUUUGAUUUCAUUCUUUCUAUUGUGGUGAAUAAUUUUUUGAAGAUCAUAAAGCUCUACUCGAUGGGAUGAAAACGCCGAGAAGUCGACUGGGAGUCGUUUCCAACUCGAUUAGAACGGUUAACCAUACUAUUUUUUAAUGGAAAAAUGAAAAAAGUUGCCGAAUUUCGAUAUUAUUUGAGAUUUUUCGUGUUUUUUUCUUUAUCGAGAGGUGAGAAAUUCGCUUUAAUACAAGAAACUGAAAAAUUCUGAUUUUUGAGAGGUUUACAAGAUUUUUCUUAGUUUGGAAUUAGAUUUUUUUCAACUUUUUUUCAACUGAAAGAAACCUCAUUUCUGAAGUUUCCUCUGUUUUUUUCGUUAGAUUUUUCCCACAUAACGUCGCGUUUUUUUCAGUUCCUGCGCCUUUAAACUUAUCAAAAAGCUACUGUUCGGAGCUAUUUUCAUCGUUUAGAUCAUUUUGAAAUGAAAAAUGAAAAGAUUUUUCAGUUUUCCCUUCUCAUUUUCUUCGUUUUUUCCAGCCCGGAGGCCGGAAUCUGCUCUCGUUGAACCUCGGAUCGACGAAAAAACCGAGCGUCGAAAAGUCGUUUGCCGUUUUCAACGACCACGACGGUUCCAACAACUUUGGUAGACUUUGAAAAUUUUUUUCAGUUUAUUAAUUUGAUAAUUUUUUUCAGAUUUGAACGAACCGCCAAAGCUGAAAAACUUUUGCAUUGAGGAGGCGGAUGAUGAAGUAAAAAAUUAUGAAUUACAAUUUUUUGAUAAUUUUUUUCAGGGAGACGAGGACUAUCCACCGAUCGAGACGUGCAGCACCUACGUCAGCGACAAGGAGCAGAAGGCCUUGGAGAUGAAGGAAUGCUUCUCGGAGGUGACGUCAUAAGGGAAAAUUUUUAGAAAGAAAAACUCGUCACAAAGAAAAUGUGACGUCAUAAGGGAAAAUGAAAAAUGAUGGAAAUUUUCUGAAAAGAAGCCUCUACACCUGACGUCGCUUUAUAAAACCGUUUCAGAAAUCAGAAACACGCAAAUCUAAAUAUUUAUUUAUUUUUCGUGAAAAAAAGCUUUCGUUUUAUAUAGCCUGUUCACGGGUCGCUUGAGCCAUCGAAAAAAGGUCCUGACACGAUAAUAAAAGAAAUAGCGUAUGGUUGGUGGAGGGCGCAGACAGACUACGAUUCUUUGCGCCCCAAGCUAGACGUUAAUCGACUAUAAAUAUGGUGUCACGGAGCAGAAGUUUGCCUUUCAAUUGGAAAAAACUUUUUUCUUCUCUAGAAGGGUGAAAAUUAACCCCUUUGGCUUGAAAAACUAUCCAAAGCUGUUGGAAUUUGAAGAAAAAUCUCUCAGGAGACAUUGGAAGAGAAAAUGACAAAUUUUCACACUUUCCUUUAAAAAAUGAAUAUUUGGUUAUAUUUUUCACUGAAAUUCUUAACGUAUCUUUUUGUUUUGAAAAUAAAAUUUUUCCUAUAUUUUUCACACAGUUUUUUUCAAAAACUUGAUAAAAAUGUUUUAUUUCGAAUUUAACGAACCUUUUUGGCAAAAGGUGAUCAAAAAGCAUUGAUUUUCAAAAAAUGCUUAUUCCGUGUCCCAAGGAAUUUCCGCGGAAUGUAAAACUAUCCCUGACUCUCCCAAAUUUUAGUUACCUUUUCCUUUCUCUGACUGUUUUUUUUUUCAUUUCGGGGAAUUAUUUUGAACACGGCAUUAGAAUUUUCAGUGAAGAAAUGAGAUCUUAAUUUUGAUCUUGAAUAAUAUAACUUUCUUUCUUUUAACUUGAGGGAUUGAAUUUUCCAGCUCUUCGAGAGGUGCGACGUUGUGCUGACGGACUCUCCGGCCCAGAAGGCCUCUCUGAAAGCUUCGCAAGGGGAUGUUGAAACGGUAAUAUAGUGUCAUUUUACGAUAAAAUGUUCAACUACUUUCAGAUCUUGGAAGAGGCCCAGAUUCUCAGCGACGAAGACUAUCCGCCAGUCGAAUUAGCCUCGACGAAGGAGUUGGACAAGGACGCCGACCUUCAUGAGAUCAUCCGAGAGAUGUUGGAAUCGGCGGAAGUGAGUUUUCAUUGGGAAGAAAUUAAUUAAAGGGACAGAGGCAGCGACAAAUUUAGGGUUUUUCGACUUUUGGUCUGUGAACUUUCGUUAUAAGACCCUGGAAAUAAUGAAAGAGCAUUUUCUAGGAAGAGAUUUCAGUGAGCUUUUUGAGAUUUUGUCACAGAUUGAAGACAGUUUUCUAAAUAGGGGGAAUUAAAGGCGCAUAGCUUUUUCUUCAAUUUUUUCAUAAGAAAAUUAAAGGCGCAUAGCUUGAAAGUUCUCCGGAAAGGAAAUGAAGGUGCAUCGGUUCCAGUUAACGUUUUUCUCAAAAGGAAUUUAAAGGCGCUUAGCUUCUACUUUAACUUUUUAAUAAGAAAAUUGAAGGCGCAUAGCUUGAAAGUUCUCAGGAAAAGAAAUGAAGGCGCAUAGGUUCCAAUUGACGGUUUUCCUAAAAGGAAUUUAAAGGCGCAUAGCUUUUACUUGAAGUUUUUCAUAAGAAAAUUGAAGGCGCAUAGAUUUGAAAGCUCUCCUGAAGGGAUUUAAUAGCGCUUAGCUUUUACUUGAAGUUUUCUUGAAAAGAUUUAAAGGCGCUUAACGGUUACUAAAAGUUUUUCAAGAUAAUAUAUGAGCGAAAACUUUCUCUUAAAGUUAUCCAAAGGUAAAUUAAAGGCGCAUGUCUUUCAACUAUAGUCUGUUCAGAUUCUGAAUGUCAACCAGCUAACUCCACCCUGUUGAGACUUUUCGCGUCGAUGUUUCAUCGCGCGGGACUAAUUUCGAUCUUUUUUGUUCUAAUAGAUAGAAAAAGAAGUCAAAAAUGCAGCCUUAUUAAAGGGCCAUCGUCAUCUGGAUAUAAAACAUUGACGCGAAAGAUAUUGUAGCCUUGGGUGUGGAGUUAGCUGCUUGACAUUCAUAAUCUGGACAGACUAUAGCACUCAAAAAAAUUUCGGGGCAAAAACUCGAUAUUUAUCUGGCCUGAAAACAUAUUGAGAAGCUUAUAAAAAUUGAAAAAGUUGCCGGGAAAGUUCAGUUUAAAAAAUGAAAGGGAAUCUUCAGCUUUUGUGUGCUUCAUUGAUAAAGCCAGCCGCAGAAAGUUGGAUUCAAUUUUUGAGAAAUUUUCUUUGUCUUAUUCACAUUUCAAUGUCUUGUUUGUAGUUGAUAUGUUCCAAGUAAAAUUUGGUGACGAGAUUGAGAUGGAAAUUUUGAAUUUUAUUUUUUCGCGCGCUUUGUCAGUGGAGCACAUUUGCUUUUUUCUUCGUGUAGAUGGGCGCAAUUUGGGAACGUGCUGAAACGUUUUCUGAAUAACGUUAGACAGCUUCUUUGCGCAAUUAAAGGAGCAUGACCACAUUAAAAAUACCACAAGAGGAACUUUUUUUCUAUAAUUUUAUUUAGGUAAUUCGAGACUUUUUGCGCCUUUUAAAAAAAAUCUAGGAAGGGGUUUUUGAACAAAUUUUUUUACUUUUUUUAAAAUUGAACAUUCCUCUGCACAACCUAAAACAUUGAAAAGUAAAUUUUCUUCAAAAAAACCCACAAUUUUUUUCAUCCUCAUAUCAAAAUUCUUUUAGGGAAUGGUGACUCGAAUAGAGCUUUUUAUUAUUUUUUCAAGUCCCUUUUUUUCCAAACUUUUUAUCUUUUCCAGGACGUGGUUUUGAUCGACGACUACCCGCCGGUUCAUUUCGAGCCGUACGUGCCGAAUCCGAAAUUCGCGGCCGACCGGGCCCGAUGGCAGAAGCAAACGCCCCAGGAGGCUUUCGAGGAAAUGAUGGCCCUCAUUGACAGCAUUGGCCAGAGCGACGACGAGGAUGAUGAUGAAGAAAUCGAGGCUUAUUGA